CCUCUGCUGCUGCCUUUUCUUUUUCCUUUCCAGUUUCUUUCUUUCUCUUUCCUUGGCCGCCUCCAAAAAGGCGCCGUCUUCUUCCAGCCUUUCAAGUGCCGCUGCUGCCUGGCUCCGCGGGGCCUCGAGAGGCUCUAAUCUUCAGGAAGGUGUCAAUCAUGUCCCCCGGAGGCUGAGGUCCGGGCUUUUGGAACCGCCUCUGUCUUUGGGAAAAAGGAGGAGGAGGAGAGGAGGAAGAGGAGGAAGGGGGGAAAGGAGGAGAGGAGAGGCUCAGAUCAGGCAGGAGUUGGGCUCUUGCUCCGCCUGGGCGCCGAUGUAGGGCUUCUCCCUCUCUUCUUGUCCUCCUUUUUCUCCUUCUCCCCUUCUUCCUUUCAUCCCAGCCCAGAGCACAUGGAUCCCUAAAAGGAGGAAGAUCAAAAGAAGGCAUCGGAGCAUCGGAGAGGAAGGAGGGCUUUGGGGGCUUUUUGGAACCCCAGAGAGACAGGAUCCAAGGGAGGAAGGCGAUGGAGCCCAUCACCCCGGCUCCCCACUGAGGGCCCCCCAACCCCAGCCCCCCAUGCCCUCCUCCUGGGGCCCAAAGCCAUGGGGAAACUUCACUCCAAGCAUGCCGCCGUCUCCAAGCCCCGAGAGAGUCCCGAAGGUGAUAGUUUUGCUGUAAAUGCCUCCCUGGCUAGGAAAGGACUGGAGGACUGGAUGGUGAACCAGAAACACUCCAGCGGCAGCACCAGCACCAGCCUGGCAUUCCCGCCAGGUUGCCAACACAGGGCUCUGGGCAAGCUCUCAGGCUCCAGGGAUGCAGCUGGUGAAGGUUACCGGGAGUCUAUCGAAAAUGAACACUUUCAUCUGGAAGUGGCUCUGCCUCCAGAGAAGACAGAUGGAGUUUGCAGUGGUGAUGAAAAGAAAGUGGAGAAGGAGGACACACGCACUGGUGCCAAGAAGCAGCUAAAAUUUGAAGAACUGCAAUGUGAUGUGUCCGUUGAGGAAGACAACAGGCAAGAAUGGACUUUCACAUUGUAUGACUUCGACAACAAUGGCCGAGUCACACGUGAGGACAUCACCAGCUUGCUUCAUACAAUCUAUGAAGUAGUUGAUGCUUCGGUCAAUCACUCUCCAAGUUCUAGUAAAACCUUGCGGGUAAAGCUUACUGUGGCCCCAGAUGGGAGCCAGAAAAAGAAAAGUAUCCUACUGAACCAUACAGAUCUACAAAGCUCAAGACACCGAGCGGAGAGCAAAGCCAAUGAAGAACCAAGGAACUGUGAAAAGAGACAGAGGGGUUCUGUCAGGUACCACCAUGGUGAGACCAAGCUUGAACACAAUGGAUGCUAUCGUCAUUGCGUGGAUGAAAACAUUGAAAGGAGAAACCACUAUUUGGAUCUUGCAGGCAUAGAAAACUAUACAUCCAAAUUUGGGCCAGGAUCUCCACCUGUGGCUCAGAAACACAACCCACCCAUCCGAGUUUCCAACCAAACAAGAUCCCGUUCCCAUGAGCCAGAAAUCUUCCAUGCCCACCAGCGGAGAUCACCAGCAGCAGAUCCUGGCCAUAUUAGUUUAAUGGAAGCUUCCUAUGCAAAGCUUGCAGAAAUCCAACAGAGGCUGCGAAGUCAAGAUGCAAACAGGCACUUUGUAAAGUCUCCCAAGGCUCAAAGCAAAGCCACAGCUUCAGCUAAUGCAGGAAGAGCUGUAAGGAGUAAAUCCAUUCAAGGGUCAUCUGUACCAAUGGCUUCCCCUACUGCACGGGUUGGUCAAAACCUUCCUUACCUACCUAUGCAGUCUCAGCAGACUUACAAGAAACACAAGCAGAGAGCAAAAGAGACUCACCAAGUCUGCAAAACCUUCCCAUCUCCUGGAACGGUUCUGGAAAAAGAACAUGUCAGAGACCUGCCUGCAGUCAUCUUGUAUGAAGGUCAAGUGGGACAGAUGAUUCAGAGACAUGAGCACCACCACCACCAUGAGCACCACCACCACUAUCACCACUUCUACCAGACAUGAAGUGGACCCAUUUCCACCUGUUAAAGAAUCGUCCUAUAUGAAGGAAGCCCAUUGCUGUCACUUGGGAAGAACGGCAUUGUUUUAAUUAACAUUGUUGCUACUCCGUUAAUAUUUGCUAGCACCUAUUUUAGGAGUUACAGUCGGCCCUUCACAUUCACUAGGGUUAGGAGUGCAGAAGUGGGAAAACCAUGAAUAUCUGCAGGCACCCCACAACCAUAUUUAACACACCAAAAAAAGUAUGAUCUGCGGAUUCAGUCCAUCAUGGAUGCCUUUGAGGCAGCAGGUUUCCUUCGCAAGGCAGAAGCAGAGAGCUGGUGAUGUUUGCUGCUGCCAUACACUAUUUUAAAUAGGGAAUUACAAGCCUUGCUACACAUUCACACACACUUUCUCUCAGUCUUGUGAGGCUUGCAGUCCCUAUUAAAAAUGGAGUAGGAAAGUGGCAGAGGUGGUGGCAAAUAACCUGUGAAUAAUUAAAUCUGCAAAAGGUAAACUUGCAAAUGUGAAAGGCCGACUGUAUAUGAAAACACUAAAAUUAAUUAUGAUGAUGAUAAUGAUAAUAAUAAUAAUAAUCUAACACUAUUUAUAUUAUGUGGAACUGUAUAACUUACUUUAAUAACUUGUGGAUUUUUUUUUUAAAGUUUGGCUUGUUAAAGCAAAACAAAACACAUGCACGCACAAGAGCAAACAGCCAUAGCUCUUGUUCAGGUCAUCACAUAAAAGCCUCUGCAUGUUCAGUGGUUGGAAGGGCUUUGUGGGUCUAAGCAGGUUCUCCCCACCCAUCUCUGGAACUGUUUAACAUUUUAUCCAUCCCCUGAUGAGCAUCCACUGAAUAUUUAUGAGCAGGUACUUUUCACAUGUAUGUGUAGAGUGCCCUUGUCUUUGAGUUAACCCCAUUUGGAUGCCUCCUCAAGCAUAGAAGUGGUCUGAGCAGCUGUCUCUGGGGUUAGGAUCAGGCAGCCUUGCAAAUGUUGGGCUGAGACUCACAGUGUUCCUCACUAUCAUGGCUAGGACUGCUGGGUCUUGCAGUCCAACAACAUCUGGGACCCAUUCACACUACAGAAUUAUAGCACUAUUAUUCCAGUUUAACUGCCAUAGCUAUGCCUAUGAUAUCCCAGGGUUUGUAGUCUGAUGAGGCACCAGUGCUCUCUGGAUAAGAAGUCUAAAUCCUCCUCCCAAAAUGUCAAAUUUCAGGAUCCCAUAGAAUGGAAUCAUGGUCAUUUAGGUGGAAUAGUAAUGCUGUUAUUCUGCAGUGAGGAUGGGCCACUGGAGGACUAUUUGAUUCCCACCUCUGGACUGUCUGUAGACACAAAGAUGAACUGGUGGACAGCCAUCAGGAAGGGAGAGUGGAAUGCAGUUCCGGUGGUGGGCUGGGCUUUCCACACCUCCGUUGAACACACUUUGGGGGUUGUGUGAAGGCAACUGUUGUGAGCUGUGUUUGAAUGCUGGGCAUUGACACACUUCUGAUGAGCAUCCUUUUCCUCUGUGGUACUGGAAGAGCUGCUUCAAACAACAUGGCUAAACACCUUGCCUGUCUCAUCCCUUGGCUUGCUGCACACAAGCCAAUCAUCAGGGGAGCAAUGUUCAAAGGUUCUGGACUCCGGGAAUACAAACUGCUGCUACCUCUAGUAUAAUUCAAACCUUCUUAUUGAUUGUAUCGUGCUACCAGGGGUUACGGGAGAGGGUGGGUUGGCUUAGGGGGAGCUGGGGAGAUGGGACAUUUUUACUCAAUUGCAUUCAUGUAGCUUGUUCUCACCUCCUUGCAAGCUAUAUCUUAAAUAUUAAUGAUGAGGAAACAGGUAAUUGCAUUUGUCAAGAGAGCUACAUUUUUUUCAACUUUAUUCUGCUUUCCUUUCCAACUUCUCCUUUAAACAGACUUCUUUAUUGUGUGGCUCUAUAGAUUGGGUAAUAUUUAAGUAUGUAUCUUUGUUUUUCUGCUGGCCAUUGUGGGUUAGAGAACUUUUAAUCCUUGUCAUCAUCAGAUGACAGCUUUACGGAAGACCAGUAGAGUCCUGACACCAGAAGGACAAAGCCAGCCUCAAACCACAUCCAUUUACCUCUGUUCACAGUCAUCAUUCCUGACAUUACCUAGGCAUGAGUUUUUCAACCUUACUCUUUCUUUCAUUCCCAGGGUUGAUUCCAUAAUGCUAAAUGCUAAUUUUCUCCCUCCCCCAUGUGUGGCCCAUCAGAUGGCUCCACCUAGUCUUCUCAAGCUCCUACUCAGAGCUUGUAAAAGUUACUUUUUGGAGUACAAGAAGUCCCAGAAUCUUCCAGUCAGUAAGGCCAGUGGCAGUGCUGGCCGAGGCUUUCUGGGAGCUGUAAUCUAAAAAAGUAAGUUAUAAACUUGGUUCCUCUUCUCCAACUGUCUCUCAAAGGAGUUUUUGAGGAUUGGGGCAUCUUGAGAUGAAAGAAGUGCAAGACUGCAACUUAAUGUUUUCCCCAUAGUUAUUAAUAAACUGGGCCAAAAUAUAGCACCACUUAACAUUUUUUUCACACAUUUGUUUUGAAAAAUUCAUUUUCCAGGUUGUAUAAAAGAUACAUCAUAUUGUUUCCUCCUCCUCCUCCAUGUUGAGAGAUAACUGGGAAGAACAUGCUUUUCCAAUUUUAAAUGCUGGCCUAUAAAUACAUACUCAUAGCCACAAUCUCUGAACAUACACCCACUCACAUGCAUUUUCUUGUGUUUUAUAGAAAUCUGUGUUUUUGGACUAUUGACAUUUUAAUCUUAAAACAUUGAUUCUUGAAGGAAUGCUAUAAAAGAACAAGGUUGCCCCUUUCCUCCCUUUGCCCCCAUCACGGUGUCUUGAUCCUAGGUUUUGUUGCAACCAUUGCUUGUUUUGACUCCUUUUCCCAAACAUAAAACAACCCAAGCUUUACUGGUGGUUUCUAUCCUUCCUGCUCCUACCCCAAGCACAUUAAUAUCAAAGGGCUUCCACUCCAUAAAGCAGAAUAAGUCAAAUCACCCAUGUACCACUCCAAACACAUAGCCCCAUCUUGUUGGAAUUUGUAUGCUUAGCAAAGAGAGACCUGGUUAAUCCUUGGAUGAGAAACCACCAAGGAAUACUCAGGAUCUCCAGACUGGGCUAGGGAAGAGCCCUGUCUGAAACACAUCCAUUUUUGCCAGUCAGAAUUGACAGAAUUGAGAUAGAAAUGAACUGAUUGUUUGACUUACUACAAGGCAGCUUCUUAUGAUCCUGAGAAGGCCAGUCAAGGCUAGGCAUCACAUGCAGACCUGGAAUAAGCAUGGGCAGAGAACUGGGAAUCUAAAGUUUCCUGAUAGGAUUAGCAGCUCAAGAAAAUGAAUCCAAAUACUGUAUAUAACCUGAGAGUACUAGCUAGUCUCCUGGAGAAAAGAAAAAAGCUGUUCAGCAGAUAGGGGUUUGAUCUAGUGCAAUGGUUCCCAACCUUUGGUCCUUCAUAUGUUUGGGACUUCAGCUCCCAGAAGUCCCAGCCGACUUGGUCAACAGUCAGUCAUUGUGGGAGCUGAAGUCCAUAUCAUCUCGACAACCAAAGGUGUCUAGCACUUCGGUUCCCAGAUGACAUGGGACUUCACACACAUGAGCCCCAGCUGGCACAGCUAGUGUUCAAGGAUACUGGGAGUCCAACAACACCCAAAUGUAUGAACUACUGUCCUCAUGGGAGUGAGUCAGGAAUUUGAGCCAAUGUGCUUUAUGGAGAAGCUACCAGGAGUCAGGUUCUUGGCAGGGUUCUUGGGGAAAGGAAUCUAGUCCUUAUGGUUCACUAGCUGUAACCCUAACUAUUUUAAAGUAGCAAUGGGGCCAAAAAACAACAACAACAGGAUUCCAGUCAUUUGGAACUUUAAAAGCAAGUUCCAACCACAUGUGAUAAGAUUUAAAGAAAGAAAGAGAAAGAGACAGAAAGAAAGACAUCUGAUUUAUCUUACAGUAUGUUUAAAGUUUUUACCUUUUUUGUUUACAGUAUUGCCAAUUGUUCUUCUAUUACAUAUUUUGGAUCUUGUAUGCAAAAGGUACUUUAUGUUUCUAUCAUAUCAAGAUGCAAUGUUGUCUUUCUAGAGGAUGUAUCACAACCACAAAAGUGUGGGUUGUAUGAAGCAAAUAAACAAAUGGUGGGGUUUAUUGUUGAUUGGGACUAGAAUCAUCACUUACUGUUCAUUUGCUCAUGCCUCAAAAUAAGAAUCAGCAAUGCCUUGCUUUUCCCCCCCCCCUUUAAAAAUGAAUCCAAAUUAGUUUUAUUUCAAUGUGUUUUCUUUCUCUCAGCAUUCAGCUGACAAGAUGUUUUAAAGCGUGUUUACCCUUUUAAAUUUCUAAAGUUAAAAUAUAUAGAUAUAUCUAUGCGUGCUGUUUUCUGUAUAGGAAAUCGGGAAGGCGGAAGGUGGCCAGCAGCGUCUUUACUUACCACUGAGUUGUUUGAGUCUAAAACCUAUUUUGCUGCUUGUGUUAUCAAUCCCUUAUUUUUCUCCAGUGUAUAUAUAAUUAUGGACUGCAAAAAGGGGCAUUUUACAUGCCUUGUAGAAGGAAUAAGCUUAUUUAUAUGAUAGUGUUAAACAAAGUCUGAUGUAUUAAAAGUGAUUUUCGUUAUACUGCAUGCAACCCCAUGAGUGUAACACAUUCCAUUGGAGAAUAGAUGCCAUGCCAUUUAGUUCCUGAGAAAGUGAUUGGUUUACUUUUUAUUCCUUUUGCUAAACAUUUUCCACAUUCAUCCAGGCCAGUUGAACAAAGCUUAAGGACUGAUAUCCCCUACCCUUUAAAAUUUCAUAGAUGAAAACUGGGACACAUGUGACCAAGUUACAUGGGAGCAUGGCCAAGUUAUUAAUGAGGAAGAAUAUGCAAGCUUGGAGAUGCUGCAGCAGUUUGCUUUUGC